CUUUUCUUUGUUAACCCAACUAGAGAGAGAAGAGAAGGAGAAAGAGACUGAGAUUAUUGAAGAUGGUAAUAAUGUUGAGCUCAUAACUAUGAAAAUACAUAGAAUUAUAUAGAAAUAGGAAAAUUAGAAAAAUAAAACUAUAUAUAAAAAGCAAAAGAGGAAGCUUUUUGCACCCAUUGUUGUUGUAGUUGUUUUUGCUAGAGAGAGAGUCAGAUAAUUUGAUUGGGGAAUAGAUAAGGAAUUCUAGAGAGAGAGAGAGAGAGAGAGAGAGAGAGAGAGAGAGAGAGAGAGGGAGGAGAGAUGGGAAGAGGGAGGGUGGAAUUGAAGAGGAUAGAGAACAAGAUCAACAGACAGGUGACCUUUGCGAAGAGAAGGAACGGACUUUUGAAGAAAGCCUACGAGCUUUCCGUUCUUUGCGAUGCCGAGGUUGCUCUCAUCAUCUUCUCCAAUAGAGGAAAGCUGUACGAGUUUUGCAGUAGUUCAAGCAUGCUCAAAACUCUUGACAGGUACCAGAAGUGCAGCUAUGCAGCACCGGAGACAAAUGUAUCUACAAGGGAGGCCUUGGAAUUGAGUAGCCAGCAGGAGUAUUUGAAGCUCAAGGCACAUUUUGAAGCCCUACAACGAAACCAAAGGAAUCUCCUUGGAGAAGAUCUUGGCCAUUUAAGCAGCAAAGAGCUUGAAUCGCUUGAAAGGCAGCUGGACAUGUCGCUGAAGCAGAUCAGAUCGACACGGACCCAAUACAUGCUGGAUCAGCUCACAGACCUUCAGCGAAAUGAACACGUGCUAAACGAAGCAAACAAGACCCUGAAACAAAGGACGUUGCAUGUACCUGACUUUUUGGGUGAUCAUGCUUUGCAGUUGUAUGAGGGAUACCAUGUAAAUUCACUGCAACUGAAUGCAAAUGCCGACGAGUACGGCCGCCAACAAGCUGCCGACGAGUACAACCGCCAACAAGCUCAGGUGGCGCAGGGUGAUGGCUUCUUCCAUCCCUUAGACUGCGAGCCCACUUUACAGAUUGGAUAUCAGAAUGAUCCAAUAUCCGUGGUGACAGCAGGUCCAAGCGUGAGUAAUUACAUGGGAGGAUGGUUGCCAUGAUAAUAAAUGUAUGCAUGCAUGCAUGGUCAUCAACAACAGCAGCAGCAUCUAGCCAUGCAUGGUAUUUGCAAUUAAUAUUGAUAAGCAAGAUACAAUUUAUGCAUGUCUGUUUUUUAUGUUUGAUUUUUAUUUGACCAAAACGGAUCAACGAUGAUGAUCAAUUCUCUGUAAUUGUAUGGAUUUAUGCCAUAAUUAACUCUGGACGCUUAAGAGUUGCCAACAAUUGUGCGCGCGUGCUUUUUUUUCUUAGCUUAAUUUCCUUUGGAAUAAUCACUAUGUAUAAAAGUAUAUCGCUUUGCAUAUGACAA